GUGAGACAGGGCAGAUGAAGGGACAGAGCUCGGAGAAGGGGUUUGAGGAGAGAGAUUAAAAAGCCCUAAACUAUUUUUUGUAGAUAUUUUUAUUUGUAUUCAGGGAGUUUAAAAAUUAUAGGCCUCUUGGAGAAACAAAUCAGUGGGGGCGAAUUUAAAAUUGCGUCUUUUUCGGAAUUAAGUCAGCAACGGAAAGCUCAUUAUACAAUGAGUUCACCGUAGUUAAACUCAAACGGGUGAAAUGGCGAAUUUAGAGUUCGGAUCUCAUCAGUCAUGUUCCGGAGACGAUUCCCCCGCGAUGGGAUUCGAGAAGGAGAAAGAUUCCGGUCAUCAUGGUCGAUGCAAAACCGGGUCUCCGCCGCAGCAAACUCAGCUCUCCCAACAGGGUAUGGAGGAAAUCAAAGUUUAUUUGCACGAGAGAGAUCUGUGGGCGAAAUUUCAUGAUGUCACUACAGAGAUGAUCAUCACCAAAGCUGGCCGACGAAUGUUUCCCAGCUACAAGGUGAAGGUAACGGGCUUAAACCCCAAAGCAAAAUAUAUCUUACUGAUGGACAUUAUUUCAGCCGACGAGCAUCGGUAUAAGUUUGCAGAUAACAAAUGGUCCAUCAGUGGUAAAGCUGAGCCGGCGAUUCCAGGCCGACUGUAUGUGCACCCAGACUCACCGGCUUCAGGAGCUCACUGGAUGAGACAGCUCGUCUCUUUCCAGAAGCUUAAACUCACCAACAACCACCUGGAUCCUUUCGGACAUAUCAUUUUAAAUUCCAUGCAUAAAUACCAGCCUCGCCUGCACAUUGUGAAGGCAGAUGAGAGGAACAGCUUUGGCUCCAGCAACACAAGUUUCUGCACACACUCGUUUCCUGAGACAACCUUCAUCGCUGUAACGUCCUACCAGAACCACACCAUCACUCAGCUGAAGAUUGAGAAUAAUCCAUUUGCUAAAGGUUUCCGUGGAAAUGAUGAUAUCGAAUUGCAUCGCAUGUCCCGUACACCAAGUAAGGAGUAUCCACUUGUACCACGUAGUACUGCAAGGCAGCGUGCAGCUCCACCGUCUCCUGACUCCGGUAUCUCUCAGUCAGAAUACACUGUGACACAAAAGUCCAGUCCUGGCUACACCUGCUCUGACAUUUCAGGUGACCACACCCUCACUGAAACCCCUCCCUCUCAUGACCCCACCUACCACCUCUUCACCUACCAGCUCUCUCCGGAGGCAACCCCUGUGCAUAGCGCCCCCUGCAGUAUGGACACCCCACAGCACCAGCCUUGCAUGUAUGGAAGCUCUCAAGUGGGCAUGGAGGACCUCAGGUGGGCUUCUUAUACAGACAGCACAACUUACCAAAGCUUUUCUUCAGCUAAAGAAAUGGGUGGGACUUUUGUUCCCCCCACUGACCUCUCUCAGGAACUGUAUCCACAAUACACCUGUGAGGUGGGUGUCCAGUCACAUUGCAUGAUGACUGAUUUCUCACUUUAUGCUUGCAAUCGAUCAUUCAGCCAAAACCAACAACCAAACAGCUGGUGUGGGGGGAGCUGAGCAAGUAUGCCUGGUGUGUGUGUGUGUGUGUGAGAGAGAGAGAGAAAGAGAGAAAGAGAGAAAGGAAAAGAAUGAUAGAGUCUGUGAAUAAUUCUGGUAACAUACUCAUAAUUUUAUCCUGAGAUCACAAGUUUGCAUCUGUAUUGCUUCACAGUUUCUACCUUGUUGUUGUGUUUUCUAGCAAAUUAAAAUGAUUCUAUUUGUUGUUUUCAGUUCUGCUAGAGCAUCAAAAUAACAAAUAAUUAUACAAUUCAACAAAUUCAAAUUAAUAUAAUUUGCAGUAUAGUAGCUGCAAUUCUUAUUUCAAAUAUUGGUAAAAAUAUUUGUAUGUAAUUUCUUACAUAUUUUUAUAAUUUUAUAUAUACCCUUUAUAAUAACAUUUUAGAUUUGCUCAUG